AUGCGGCUAAAUCCUCUUAAGUGUGUCUUUGGAGUCGGUUCAAGGAAAUUCCUCAGGUUUAUGGUUAAUCAGCGAGGAAUAGAGGCAAACCCUGUGAAGAUCAAAGCAUUAGUAGAAAUGCGAUCACUGACUAAGCCAAAAGAAGUCCAAAGUCUCACAGUGUCAGAAUAUGCGAUUAGCUCGGUGCUAAUCCGCAAAGACCAAGGUCAACAAUACCCAGUGUACUAUGUCUGUAAACGCUUGUUAGAUGCUGAGACUCACUAUCCUCAAAUGGAAAAACUAGUGUUUGCAAUGUUAGUAGAGUUAAGCCAGUUCGACAUCAGGUACAAACCGAGAUCUGCGAUCAAGUGGCAGGCCUUGGCAUAUUUCAUUCUUGAGUUUCCAAGUACUGAAGUGGCACUCAUAGAAGACAAAAUUGACACUGCUGUACCGAAUGGAGAAGGAUGGACGUUGUACGUCGAUGGGGCUUCUAAUAGCAAAGGUUCCGGUGGUGGAAUCAUACUUAUCAGUCCUAACAAUUUUAAGGUAAACGGAGAAUAUCUGGCCAGAGGCGGACGUCUGGCUAAGUACCUUGCCAUAGUAUGCGAGUUGUUGCAGAAAUUCAAGAAAGUAGUCAUAUCCCAAGUAGCGUGUGCUCAUAACUCACACGCAGACGCUUUGGCCCGCUUGGCCUCAACUAGAGAAGCUGAGUUGCUCGAUGUGAUUCCUGUUGAUGUGUUAACACACCCGACAGUGAGUCGAGAUGAAGUGAUGGAGAUAGAUGUUGCCAAAAAAGUUACUUGGAUGACUCCAAUAGUCACUUACCUGGAAAAGGACAUCUUACCCGAUGACAAAAUAGAAGCAAGAAAACUGCGACAUCGGGCUGCCCGAUAUGUCAUCUAUGAUGGUAAAUUAUAUCGCAGAAGCUUCAGCCAGCCGCUACUUAAAUGCAUUGAUGGAGAGGAAUGCGACUAUAUACUCCGCGAGGUUCAUGGGGGUAUCAGCGGGAAUCACACUGGUGGUAACUCUCUUGCCUUGAAAAUCAUGCGGCAAGGAUAUUACUGGCCUACCCUGCGGCAAGAUGCUUCCAACUUCGCGAAGAAAUGCGACAAGUGUCAGCGAAUAGCCACGUAUGUAAACCAACCUCCGAGUCAUUUGCAUUCUAUCACGAGGCGUUGGCCCUUUGCGGUUUGGGGCAUCGACCUGAUAGGAGAAUUACCAAAAGGAAAAGGCAGAGUCAAAUACGCUGUAGUCGAGGUCGACUACUUCACAAAAUGGGCCGAGGCAAAAGCACUAGCAACCAUCACAGCAGCUAAACUGCGCGAGUUUGUCUAUAACUCCAUAAUCUGGCGAUUUGGCAUCCCUUACAAGCUCAUUUCAAAUAACGAAAAGCAAUUUGACUGUAAGGAAAUGCGACAGCUAUGCGAUGAGUUAGGGAUGCAGAGUAACGGGAAAACUGAAGCAGUCAACAAGAUAAUCAAGCACACCAUCAAAGGAAAACUCGAAGAGCGUAAGGGGUAUGGCCAGACGAGCUUUCACAAGUUUUAUGGUCAUACAACACGACCCCCCACUCCACGACUGGCGAGACUCCUCGCUCUCUUAUGGAUGCGAGGCUAA